CUCAAAACCAUCCACUACAACCAACUCCCAUCCUUCCAUGGUCUUCCCAAUGAAGAUCCACUUCAUUUCAUGCGUGAAUUCUACAAUGUCCUCCAAACAUUUCCACUCCACGGACUAAAUGAGGACCAGUUGAAGAUGAGGAGUUUUCCAGAAAUACUCAAGGAUCGGGCUAAGGCAUGGUUGAUGACACUUGCUCCAGACUCUCUUACCACUUUGGAGCAAGUGUACACGAAGUUCAUCGGGAGGUAUUACUCCCACCAAAAGACUCAAGAGCUGCGGUCCCAAAUUUUUUCUUUUGCCCAACAACCGCACGAGCCACUUCACGAGGCGUGGGAACGCUUCAAGGACCUUCAGAGACAGUGCCCACACCACAACCUUCCUCCGGCCCUUUUGAUGAAUGGCUUCUAUGACUCUCUCCACCAGAACCUUCAGUACAUGGUGGACAAUGCAGCGGGUGGAGACAUUGGGGCGAGAACAGUGGAGGAGAUGAUGGAUAUCUUUGAGGCGUUGAGUUCUAGCUCGUCUCAAAAGAGCAGUCGACGAAAGAGAGCAGUAGUGAAUGAAGCAUCUCCGAGGCAAGACAUGAUGGCCCAUCAGAUAGCUGAGCUUACAGAGCAAAUGCGGCUAAUGAAUGCUCGGACAAUGCAGCCAGUCCAGACUAUGGCAGUGGAUACAUGCGGGGCGUGUGGAGCCCAAGGGCACCGGUCAGAGGUGUGCCCAUCGGCAUUCGAUCAGGACCUUGGACAUCAAUAUGCCGACGAUUUGGUCACCAAGAAGAGGAAGUUCGGCGAUGGGGAGAAAGUAGUGGUCUAUGAGGCGGCUAGUGCCAUGCAGCAUGAUCUUCCCAAGAAAGAACGAGACCUCGGAGGAUUCGUGAUAAAAAUUGCUCUCGGGAAUGGCAAAGAAGCUUCGGGGAUGCUCGACCUCGGAGCGGGAAUCAACCUCAUGCUGUUUUCUAUCUUCCAGCAGCUCGGCUUAGGAGAUUUGAGACCCACUCGCAUGUGUCUUCAGCUCGCAGACCGUUCAAUCAGAUACCCCAAGGGGGUAGUUGAGGAUGUCCUUGUUCGGGUCGAGAGACUCAUUGUCCCGGUAGACUUUGUGGUACUGGAUGUGGGGGACGUACAUGAGAACGGGAAAGACCACACCAUCCUUCUUGGCAGACCAUUCAUGGCCACCACCAACACACUCAUUGACGUGAAGAAUGGGACAUUGAACAUGACAGUCCUAGGAGAGUCCGUGUCCAUUUCCGUCCGAGAAGCUACAUCAGCAUCCUCGGUGAACUAUAUGGAGGAGUGUUCGUUCGUUGAUGUGA